AUGAACCAAUUUCCAAGUCGCCAUCUCACAAUGACUCUCAUUCAGCUCGUGCGUUUCCUGGGGAUUGUGCUUCAAGGCUACCUGCGAUGCCUCGUACUUCCAAUGCUCACUGCCACUGGUGCGGCCAUCCCCAGGCUUGUCGCUGCCUUCAUUCUGCGACAGACCCGCGUCUUCGUCCGUGGGGAUCGCCAGGAUGCCCGCAUGCGGUGGUUCAAGCUGAUUACCCUGCUGCCCGAGGAUAAGUUUUACAAGUACAUGCGCGUGGACCGGCGUGUAUUCAUUUACCUCGUGCGCCAAUACCAGCGAACCAACACCUCUACGCGAACGCAUCCCAUUGGCUACAUCUAUGACUUCUACGUUGGAUGGCCGAGAAGCGUCAAUGACGCCAGAGUCUUCCAGCACAGUCCGGCACGCCACAAGAUCGAGCUAGGAGGCCUCUACGACUUCGUCAUCGUCUCCGACGCUGCCUAUGGUCUACGUGACUACAUUCACACACCCUACAGGGCGCUGCCAGGCCGCGGACUACCGGACGAGCAGCGCGUGUGGAACCUGCAGCAGAGCCGCGCGCGAAUGAUCGUCGAGCAGGUGAAUGGCAGGCUCAAGUCGCGCUGGCGGAUGCUGGACGACAGGCUGGAGUGUGACGUUUUCCGCGCCCCGCAGUACGUCUCCGCCUGCAUCGUGCUGCACAAUAUCGAUCUGCUCAUGGGCCCCCGCCCCCGGCUUCUCCCGCCGCGCGAGCGCAACACGUGGUGGCAGGAAGGCCCCGCCACCGAAAUGCCGCACUUCCUGCCGCGGGAGGAGGGCUUCACUCCUGCUCGUCGUCGCGCUCGAGACUCCGGCGCGGCGGCAUUUGCGGGCUCGUCGUCCGAUGCUGGGGUCGUGGUGAGCGGCGCGUUCGACGGCGAACCACUCGACGUGGAAGGCCUGCGCUGGCGCGAGUUCGUGCGGGGAGUACCCCUCGGCCGACUUGGCGACGCCGAGGCCACGGUGUGCACGUCCGUGGUUAUUCCUGCUGGAGCUUGCAUGGCACAGCAUGCAAGAGGGGUAUGGAGGGGGGGAUAA